GUUUCUAAACUCGCACGCACACACACAGACACACGGGAAGCAGAAUUUCCACAUUCCGUUUGGAGUUGUACAGUACUGGGAGGGACACACCUUCACUGGAGAGCCCCAGGAGAGAGGAGGGAGGGAUUAGUUAGUUAGUUAGCUUGACGUGAUAAGGAGGGCUUGGCUUCUGUGUCUGCUGUUGUAAGCGUUUUACACUUGGAUACAUGCAGUACGGGCUGUGGAGGACAGGUUGACAGCCAUGGUCGUUGGCUGUGUCUGGACAUGUAGUGAAGACCAGGCAACAGGUUGCAGCCAUGGUCGUUAAAGAGAUGUUCUCUCAGUGGGCUCUACUGUUGUUGUGUACUCUGCCUGUGAUGACCGUCCACUCAGAGAGAUGUCAGUGUCCAGGAGCCACUGUUUUGGGCCAGUUCCCACCUUUCCUACCCGCUGAGGCCUGCUGUCUGAACUACUCCGGUUCCACGUUCGGCAAUGUUCCCUGGGCCAGGCUCACCAACGGGACCAGACUACAGGUCCUGGACCUGUCUCACUGUAACAUCACUCAGAUCGACCUGGAGGAUACAGAGACCACACUCUCUCCUCUCCAGGAGGUCUACCUGGGUCACAACAGACUGACCUCCAUCCCAGGGGACUUCCUGUCAGAUCUACCCAGCCUGAAGGUGCUGGAGCUGGGCAUGAACCAGCUGAGGGAGCUGCCUGAGGAUUUCCUCCAGGGAUCUGAUGGCCUCCAGGAGCUGGAUCUCAGGGGGAACUUCCUCCGCUCCCUCCCCACCUCUGUCCUCUCCCUGCCGGGCCUGGCGAGGCUGGAGCUGGGGGACAACCCCUGGGACUGCUCCUGUUCUCUGGUGGAGGGGCUGGAGGCCGGUGGGGCUAGCGGGGGGGGCCAGGGAAACAACAACAACACCAGCCUGCAAGGCAUCGUGGGUAACAUCACAUGUGCAUCUCCUCUGAGCUUGGCGGGGUGGCUCGUGUGGUCGGUGGCGCCGGGAGACGUCUGCCGCUCUCCAGGUCUCACCGCACUUUUCAUCGUCCUGCCCCUCCUCAUCCUCAUCGGUCUGGUCCUCUGCUGGUGCUGCGGUAGGAAGAGGAAGAGCAAGGAGGCGCCCGCGUUCGGCUCUUCUAAGAAGAAGGCCUCUCACUCAUCCAACGGCCACCGACACCACCGCCGCUCCAAGCCCCCAGCGGGAGGAGGAGGAGCGGGCAACGUCCCCGUGGUGGGGGACAGCAGCAGGGAGGGCAUUUUAAACAACCAGCUCCUCCUACGACCCUCCUCCACCCUCCUGGGCUCCACCAGGGACAUCUAUGAGGAGGUGGAGAUAAAGCUAGGUGGCUCUGUGGAGUCUCUUCCCUCUCCCUCUCCUGGGUCGUCCUCCACUGUGGGGAUCUCGGCCUGGCCGGCGUCCCAGACAGAGAGCUCCGAGAUGGGCAUGUGCAGACAGGCAGAGCUGGACACGGUGAGUGUGACGGAGGUGAUGAAGGACUCGGCAGACAGGGAGAAGGCUUAUAUGACCCAGUCCACUGAAUACUACAGUCUGGUGCCAGGGAUGGACCUGGACGACUCAGAUCACG